UUCCUCUUUUCCUACUGCCUUCCACCUUUCCUAGCUAGACACCCUUGCUGGUUAGGUCCUCAAGCCUGUUGUGGGGCUCAUCUUUUUGAACAACAGAAAAUAAAAAGGAAUGCAGCAAUGCCACCAUCACUGCAUAGCCCUAUCUACCACAAUUUCUUUACAAGAAUUCGAGCAAAAAGCUUUAUUUCCCAAUGCAGUAAAACAAGGAAACACACUUGGCUUUGGAUUAUAAUGGGUGUGACUACAGAGGAAAUGAUCAAAAACCACACGCAGGCUGCAAACUGAUGCAUUAAGUGCCUCACAUACGAACAUGUGCAUUUACAGAAAAGAGACAUAGGAGUACAUGUGUCCUGCCGUUUUCACAAAUCAUGCCAACCGCCUUCAGUUCAAAAUUGUACCAAUUAUCCCGCAAAUCUCUUAGGUCCAAACAGACGAAAAGGCUCACAAAACGCGUGUACGGGGCCAGGAAAGAAGGGCUUUCGUCUGAAUCCUGCAGAGGUGGCAAGGGAAUGAACCUAAGAGCGGGACAACAGCCCGCACCUACGAGUUUCCGUAAUCGUCUUCUUUGCGAGGUCUAGGAAGCAAGGAGAUCUGGCACGGCGUUCUGGGCCCGAAGCAGCAAGAAAGAGCACGAUGCCUACAUUUCAAAAAAAAGCAUGUGCCGUUUCUUUUGCCCGUCUGUAUAUAUCCUGUAUGUGAAUUCUAUACGGCAAGAACAGGGCAGGUAACGUGAGGACGGCUGAACCCGCUCACAGGAGGGGAGCCGGCUGCAUCCACCCUUCCUCAUCCCAACCACCCCAGAGCCGCCUUCCGGCCAUCCCGCCCUCAGGUUCGAUCAGCCGGCCCUUCCCGCCUCAAGAAACGGAGGGCGGGCCAGAGCUCCUUUUAUUCGCCGCCUCACACCGGGGGGCCACCCGCGGCCUCGCCCGCCCGCCCCUCCUUUCCCUCAGCAUCCGUUCCUCCUCGGCUGAGGCGGGUGUGCGUCUAUGUUUUCCAGCUAGCGCUGGUGUGUGUGUGUGUGUGUGUGUGUGUGUGAGGAGGGUGGGGGAGAAAGAGCGGGGCGGCGCGCGCCCCCAACGGUCUCCGGCGCCCUCGCAAAAAAGGCGAGCGGGCAACCCUCCCGGCCAGCAACGGCGGCGGCCUCUACCCAGCCGGGCGGCUCUCCCCCCCCAGCUCUCGCGAGAGCGGCCGAGGUUUCCGGUGUUGUGAGUGCGGGGCCGUCAACAUGGCGGUGAGCCUCCGCGCCCGCUCGCUGAGGCACCUCCGCAUCCGAGGCCGAAACGACAGCGGCGAGGAGAACGUCCCCCUCGACCUCACCCGAGACCCCUCCGAUAACCUGAGAGAGAUCCUCCAAAAUGUGGCCAAACUGCAAGGUGUUUCUAAUAUGAGAAAACUAGGCCACUUGAAUAAUUUUACCAAGCUUCUUUGUAAUGCUGGGCAUACUGAAGAAAAGUUAGGAUUCUCAUAUGAAGACAUCAUCAUAUGUUUACGGUUAGCUUUACUAAAUGAAGCAAAAGAGGUGCGUGCAGCAGGGUUACGAGCCCUUCGAUACCUUAUCCGAGACUCCAGUAUUUUGCAGAAGGUGUUGAAGCUGAAGGUGGAUUAUUUGAUAGCCAGGUGCAUCGACAUACAGCAGAGUAAUGAAGUAGAAAGGACACAAGCACUUCGAUUAGUCAGAAAGAUGAUCACUGUGAAUGCUUCAUUAUUUCCUAGUUCUGUUACCAACUCCUUGAUAGCUGUUGGAAAUGACGGCCUUCAGGAGAGGGACAGGAUGGUUCGAGCAUGUAUUGCUAUUAUCUGUGAACUGGCAAUUCAGAAUCCAGAAAUAGUUGCUCUUCGGGGUGGGCUAAGUACCAUUUUGAAAAAUGUGAUCGAUUGUCAGUUAAGCCGUAUAAAUGAAGCCCUCAUAACAACAGUCUUACAUCUUCUCAAUCAUCCAAAGACUCGACAGUAUGUGAGAGCAGAUGUAGAAUUAGAGCGGAUUUUAGCUCCAUACACAGACUUUCACUACAGGCACAAUCCAGACACUGCAGAAGGACAGCUCAAAGAGGACCGAGAAGCACGGCUCUCCGCUAGUAAAAUGGGAAUUGUGGCAGCAUUUCGCUCAUGGGCAGGCAUUAUUAGUUUAUGCAAGCCUGGGAACUCUGGGAUCCAGUCUCUUAUUGGAGUGCUUUGUAUACCUAAUAUGGAAGUCCGGCGAGGACUGCUUGAAGUACUUUAUGACAUAUUUCGUCUUCCUCUUCCUAUUGUGACUGAAGAAUUUAUAGAAGCUCUUCUCAGUGUAGAUCCUAGUCGGUUUCAAGACAGCUGGAGACUUUCUGAUGGCUUUGUAGCCACAGAAGCUAAAGUUAUAUUACCUCACCGAGCCAGAUCCAGGCCUGACCUCAUGGACAAUUACUUGGCCUUGGUUCUCUCUGCUUUCAUUAGAAACGGCCUCCUAGAAGGUCUAGUUGAGGUAAUCACAAGUAGUGAUGACCCUGUUUCUGUCAGAGCAACAAUCUUACUUGGAGAACUUUUGCACAUGGCAAAUACCAUCCUUCCACAUUGCCAUAGCCAUCAUCUACACUGCUUACCAACUUUAAUGAAUAUGGCAGCGUCUUUUGACAUUGUAAAGGAGAAGAGACUACGAGCUAGUGCAGCACUGAAUUGCUUAAAACGCUUCCAUGAAAUGAAAAAACGAGGACCUAAACCUUAUAGUCUUCACCUAGAUCAUAUUGUUCAGAAAGCCAUGUCAACACAUCAGCGAAGGGAUCAAUAUCGAGUGCAGAAAGAUAUCUUUAUCUUGAAGGACACGGAGGAAGCAUUGUUAACAAAUUUGAGAGAUAGUCAAGUUCUUAACCACAAAGAGAAUCUUGAGUGGAACUGGAAUCUGAUAGGGACCAUACUUAAGUGGCCAAAUAUCAGCCUAAAGGCCAACAAAGAUGAACAGUUGCACAGGUUUGUACGACGACUGAUGUAUUUUUAUAAACCUAGCAGCAAAUUGUAUGCCAACCUGGAUCUGGAUUAUGCAAAAGCCAAACAGCUCACUGUUGUGGGUUGCCAGUUUACUGAGUUUCUGCUUGAAUCUGAAGAGGAAGGAAGACAGGAAGGAAAGAAGGAAGGAAGGCAGGUGCAACAAAAGGAUGGACAUUGCUACCUGGAAGAAUUAGUAAAAGAUAUUGUACAGUGGCUUAACUCUUCAUCUGGAAUGAAACCAGAACGCAGUCUCCAGAACAAUGGGUUACUUAACACUCUUAGUCAGCACUACUUCUUGUUUUUUGGUACGCUCUCCUGUCAUCCACAUGGAGUGAAAAUACUUGAAAAGUGUAAUGUGUUUCAGUGUCUCCUUAAUCUCUGUUCCUUGAAAAACCAAGACCAUUUGCUCAAACUGACAGUUUCCAGUUUAGACUACAGCAGAGAUGGAUUAGCAAGAGUCAUCCUUUCCAAAAUUCUAACUGCAUCAACAGAUAGCUGUAGGUUGUAUGCUACAAAACAUCUGCGGGUACUCCUGAGGGCCAAUGUGGAGUUCUUCAGUAACUGGGGAAUUGAGUUACUAGUCACUCAACUUCAUGACAAGAAUAAAGCCAUUUCUUCUGAAGCACUUGAUAUCCUUGAUGAGGCAUGUGAAGACAAGGCAAAUCUUCAUGCUCUCAUUCAAAUGAAACCAGCAUUGUCACAUCUUGGAGACAAGGGUCUGCUUCUCCUCUUAAGAUUCUUGUCAAUUCCAAAAGGAUUUUCAUAUCUAAACGAACGAGGCUACGUGACAAAACAAAUGGAGAAAUGGCAGAAGGAAUACAAUUUAAAAUAUGUUGACUUAAUAGAAGAGCAACUUAACGAAGCACUUACCACUUACCGCAAACCUGUAGAUGGUGAUAAUUAUGUUCGUCGGAGCAACCAAAGAUUACAGCGGCCACAUGUCUAUCUGCCAGUUCACCUUUAUGGCCAACUGGUACACCACAAAACAGGCUGCCAUUUGUUGGAAGCACAGAGCAUUGUUCCUGACCUGAGUUACACUGUUCGUUCCCCCAUGCUGGAUAAAUGGGAAGGGAUUAAGCAAUUGAAGGCUGCUCUCUGGGCACUGGGCAAUAUUGGAUCAUCUAACUGGGGUCUGAAUUUACUUCAAGAAGAAAAUGUUAUUCCUGACAUCAUGGCACUUGCCCAGCAUUGUGAGGUCCUGUCUGUCAGAGGGACAUGUGUCUACGUGCUUGGCCUAAUAGCCAAAACAAAACAAGGUUGUGACAUUCUGAAACACCACAAUUGGGAUGCAGUGAGACACAGCCGUAGGCAGCCUUGGCCAGUAGUCCCUGAUGACAUGGAACAACUCUGCAAUGAACUCUCCUCUAUUCCUAGCACACUUAGUUUGAACUCUGAAUCUACUGGUUCGAGGCAUAACAGUGAAAGUGAAUCUGCACCAUCAAGCAUGUUCAUAAUGGAAGAUGACAGGGUUGGCAGUACCUCCACUAGCACAUUUUUCCUAGAUAUCUCAGAAGAUGCAGAACAGAGUCUCUGUGACCAAGCCGGAUCCUUGAAGGAUAAGGAUCGCAAUCCUUUCCCCUUUUUCUCUUCAAGCAGACUUGUGAAAAAUCGCUUCUUAAAUUCUCUUUCCUUACCUAAUAAAAAGCAUAGGAGUAGCAGUGAUCCUAAAGGUGGUAAGCUGUCGACCUCAGAGAGUAAAAUGGGUUUGAAACGAAAUCGGACAGUAACUGAACCAUCUACCAGCAUGGACUUCAGGGGAGAGGACUUCACUCCAAUAUUCAGGGUGCCUAAAAUUCAAACGUUGAGACCAGAAACGUCUUUUAUUGGGAACAGGAACAGUGAAUAUGCGGAUAACACCCCUAGUAUUGGUGAAAACGACCUAAAGCUUCCAAAAGGUUUUGGCCACGAAAACCACAGGGAAAAUACAAGCCGUGAGAGGCUAAUUGGAGAAGUAUCAACACAAACUAACUUCAAAAGCCGUAGUUUGAGUUUUAAUACGGACACCACCACAAGUGGCAUAAGUUCAAUGAGUUCGAGCCCUUCACGGGAGACAGUGGGAGUAGAUGCUACACAUAUAGACACAGAUUGUGGGAGUUUAAGCACUGUAGUUAGCACCAAAACAGUAAAAACAAUACAGUGUUCAGCCCCACAGUCUAACCAUCUCCCUCUCUCGAAGUCAAAUUCUGUCUCUCUGGUCCCGCCUGGAUCCUCUCACACCCUUCCUCGAAGAGCACAAUCGCUGAAAGCACCAUCCCUUGCUACUAUAAAAAGUCUGGCUGACUACAACUUUAGCUACACCAGUUCUCGAGAUGCCUUUGGGUAUGCAACACUCAAACGCUUGCAGCAGCAGAGAAUGCAUCCUUCAUUGUCUCAUUCAGAAGCCCUGGCUUCUCCCGCAAAGGAUGUUCUCUUCACAGACACAAUUACGAUGAAGUCCGGUAGCCUGGAUUCUCGACUAACACCAAACAGGUUCAUGAGAGCUUUAAGUUAUGCAUCAUCUCUAGAUAAAGAAGAUUUAUUAAGUCCUAUUAAUCAAAACACAUUGCAGCGUUCUUCAUCUGUUCGUUCUAUGGUGUCCAAUGCUACCUAUGGGAGCUCAGAUGAUUAUAUUGGACUUGCUCUCCCAAUGGACAUAAAUGAAAUAUUUCAGGUAAAGGACACUCCUUAUUUCCAGAAGAAAACGAUGCCUUUAUCUGAUGAACGGGGCUCUCGAGUCUUUGCCCAGGAUACAGGAGGUUUGCCAGGGGGUUCUACGGACUUUGUUAAGAGCCCCUUUCAGAUGCUUCGUCAGCAGAUCAGUCUUACAGAGAUUAUGAACACGAGCCGUUCAGAUGUUUCUCAGUUCCUAGAAAACAUGGAAGACACAGGGCUCCAAGAGCACACUGAAGACAACUGUCUCUAUUGUGUCUGCACGCAUAUCCUGGGCUGUCAGCAUAAUAAAGUAAAUUCUACAUAUUGUCGCACAGAAUUUUCAGACAUUCCUUACUCUGACUGGUGUGGAAAGACCAUGCAUAAUCACUUGGAUGUGGUUUCCCAUUCCUCAAAGUUUUCUGGGAUUUCAGGAUGUAGUGAUGCUGUAUCCCAUGGAUCAGCAAGUAGCACCAAGAGUACAGAACUUGUCAUAGGUGUAAAGUCAAUCCCAGAUGACACUCCAGUAUGCCGCAUACUACUGAGGAAGGAAGUAUUGCGAUUAGUGAUCAACUUGAGUAGCUCAGUAGGAACAAAAGGUCAUGAAACUGGUCUCUUGACAAUUAAAGAGAAGUUUCCUCAAGCAUUUGAUGACAUAUGCCUUUACUCUGAAGUGUCUUACUUGCUAUCUCACUGCACAUUUCGAUUACCAUCUCGACGAUUCAUACAGGAGCUCUUUCAAGAUGUACAGUUUUUACAGAUGCAUGAAGAAGCCGAAGCUGUCUUAGCAGCACAAGGAAAUCAACAAACAGUUAAUCCAUCAACAGAAUCCUGACCUCUUGUUUUCUGUGGUGUGGUAAAUAUAAAGCUACUGGUAGCCUUAGAAAACUGCUAAUUGACUGGGCAACAAAGAGAGAAGCAUCAUCUUCUGUGUUGUUCCAGAUGUUCUGGAUGCAUGUAGCCAAAGUCUGAGCUACAGAAACUUUCCUUAGAGGAAUUUGCCUCUCCAGCUAUCUGAGCCCUGUGGGGAGUUGAUAAAGCAACAAAAGUGAGAAUUAACAAAGAGAUGCAGGAAGAAUUAACCAACAAAGACUUGCACAGGUUUUCAUUUCACUUAUUUUUAAAUGCAGCAUCUUCAUAGAUGACAGCAUGAAGUGUCAUGUUUUCAUUGUUGACUUCCAUUCUGGACAGACAUUGAUGCCUCACUCAUUCAUCCAGGAGCCAGGACACCUUCACCUGUAUCCUAUCGAUAUCAGUGGCUCAUGUUCUAAUCACGGACAGAGGGGGAUUAAUUAUGGGCGUUUCAUGGUAUUUAUCUUAAUUUUUGUGAAACACUACUUGGGGAAUUUCUGAACUCAGAAAAAGAGAAUCUUCAGUAACUCGGGGUAGUCUUAAGUUAUUUUAUUGUUACUGUACCAAAAAUUCUAGAUGUUAGCAGUCUGUCCAGUUUUUGUUACAGUUUUAUGUAUUGGUCUGUUAACUGAACCAUUUAAGGAAUUUAACUACAUUGAUUUGAAGAGAACAAAUCAUUUAUGAAUUCCCUGGAAUCAGAUUUUCCCUGUACAUAUAAUGCAUGACAUUUUGAUGGGGUUUUAUGCAGAAACACUCAUCCAGUAUAUAAAUUGGUUGUCUCAAUGUAAACGUUUAAACAAGCAUGACUUCAGUAAGGUAGGGGUGAAUAGUUAGUAAAGAAAACUAGGAAAUACAAACUUAUUGCUGCUUUUGAUUAGGAAUUAUACAAUAACAAUAAUUUCCACAUUCCAUGAAUUUAUAUCUUACCCAAAUGAUUUUGCAUCAACCAUACACCUUGAAAAUCAAUUUUAGGAUAGUAUCAGUAAUUGAAGUGACAGCCACUACUUUUCUUUAAUCCAGAGAUGCUUCAGAAAUCUUUUGCACAUAUUAUAUAAUAAUGACAAUAGGGGGUGUUUUCUCCUCAUCCUUAAAGUGCGAAACUAAAAGUUAUGUAAGUGGGGACUUGAAACAAUGCACAGAGCUUCUCUCAAAUCAAGCAACAAAUAUAGGCACGCCUAUAGAUACAACUGGCCAAUCACCUUAAUUUCCAGGGCAAUAACGUUUGCUUCUUAAUUCUUUGCAUAUGAAAAUACUAAUUGGGGCUGUGCCCAGAGGAGUAUCUUCAUUCCCUCUUAAAACUUAUUGACCUUUGAAAAAUCAUUAAAGAAAAGGGUUUACUUAAACAUAAAUAAUGUCCUAGAGAUACAUCUGUAGUAGGGAUUUGAUCUUAAGAGAUAUGUAAUAUUCUGCGCACUUGAUUAUUGUUAUUAUUUUUGUUUCUAUAGCCACAUUUAAAAAAUUAAGAUUAUGAUUUACAAGUCGGGGGGGAGAUAUGUAUGUAUUUAUGAGUAAAUGGAAAAUCCAGUUUCUUCUGCUUGAGCGGAAGACAGAGGAAACGUGCAGCAGGCAUUUUCUUCUGUUUGGGAUUUCUCAUUGGCUGCCCCUCUCCCUGUAUUGAUCUGGCUUCCAUCCUUCCUAUGCCUGGUGGGUUAAAGGAGGAUCAGUUGUUCUUCACCACUAAAGCUGUGAAUAGAUAGUGGCUGCAAUUGCACCACUUUGUCUCCUCCUCCUUUUGAGAGAGAUUCAGAACUAGUUUAGCUAUAAAUCCAUUUUAAAAAAUUGUUUAAAAAACUAACCAUGAAUAAGCUUCCUCAUCAUUGAGAAAUCAACCAGUUGACAGUUUCUAAGAAACGCAAGCAUGACAGCUCACCAGUCCAGCUAUGAGGGGUGGAGCAUACUUUUAAGUGUGCUGUAGAUAUAGGAGAUCAGAACCUAAAUUUAUCUUGCUUUCCCAAGUGAUAGGUAUUAAAACUUGUCCCAUCUUUACACUCCAGGAAGAGCAAAGAAGUCCCUCUGUUCUUCUAUCCAUUCUCCCUAGUGACUGUCUUCCAGGAGGACAUGUCUCAUAAUGGCAGGUGGAAAGGAAGAGGGAUUCGCCAAGACCCUCUCCUUGAACUACAGCCACAGUCACCAAGACAACCCCUAUAAGGUCUUUUGAAAUUGCUAGAUACUACUUCAAGAUUUUCAGCUGGGAGGCUGCAGGAAAAACACAGCAUUCAUAUACACAGUUUUUCCACACCUUCCAGUUUUUCUCAAAUUGUGGAGUAAGGUUCUGUGUUUGGAUUGAUAGCAGAAUUCAUCCAUUCAGAGUAACUCAGAGAUAAGAACCCAGUUGGCUAUUUUACUCCUUCCCGUAAUAGUAGGCAAAACUGCUUUUAUAAAGUGAUUUGCCCUUUAAAAUAAUUUAAUAAUAAUAAUAAUAAAACCAUCAGCAUUGGCAGAGGGAUCCUUUGGUCUUUGGUACACCUCCACUGCAAAACCAAAAUAACCAACCACGGUAGACCAAAUAAUGGUGUGAACUCCAAAGGAUUAAUGUAGUAUUCCUUGUCAAAACAGAAAUAGCUGAUUUUACACAGUAGCUGUGAACACUACCUCAUUUAGAAUAGAUUAGUUGGGUCUUUGGCUAGAUAACUCUAUGUAAGUUAAUUUGUUAACUCUGUAUUCUGCAUUUCAAGGCAGAAGUAAAUAAUUUUUAAAAUCUGUAUUUGACAGAGAAAGAAAAUUUCCAGGUGGGUAAGCUUCCUGACUACAGCCUGUAGUGAAAAGGGUAUUAGAAAUCAUUGCAAAAAGAAUUAAAACUCAGAUGUCAGUUUGUGUGUGUAUAUAUAAACUAAGAUAGCAAUGCAUAUUUAUCCACCAUGUUCUACUACUUUUGGGAACAUCAAAAACUCUUUCUUCCAUCUGGCAUAUGGUUCCAGAAGGGCUCUAUUGGCAGCAGCCUCACCAAGAAGUAACAAAAAAUAAAUUUUCCAGUACCAACCAGUGUUUGUAUAUAUAAAAAUACUCUGCAAAUGCUAGGUGUGUAGAAGAUGUAACAUCAGAAUUAUUUCCCAUGUAACAUUUUAUACUUAAUUUGUUAGCUUGUUUGAUUAGCUCUGGAGAAUAUAUCAGGUGGAUUGUUCCUGUGGGAAUGUGAAUAGUUUGAAUGAAGAUUGCUUUUGGGCAAAAUUCCACUCAAGGCCAGCCAUUAGCAAUUCCUUGGAUCAUACCUGCACCAUUUUUGACCCAUCAAUCCAAAUGAAACUCAGUAACCCUGUAUUAUCAGUUGAGAGUUCCUGACAGUUUCCUGUGUUCUUACAGUCCUGCAUUGGGCAAAAUGAACGGAAGGCAUAUUGAGGCACUACUAUACCUGUCCAGUGAGCUGUAUUUGGCAUAGAAGUCAGAAAUUGUGCAAGCCUGCUGUAGGUGCUUCAGAAGAGGAAUUUCUCUUUGAGCAUGAACCAAAUGCUCAAGAAGAAAUCAUCUGGCUUAUGGGAGAUGAGGGAUGCUACACAAGUACAUCCAGUCCCUAUAGAAAUUCCUUGAUACAUGCCAUCUCCGUUUGACAUAGUUAAGUACAUUCAGCAAAAGCAUUGGUGCUUCCAACUGUUUUGGAAUUAACUGUAACAGUUAAUUGGGAAGCUUUCAGUCCUCCAGACACCUUUGAGUACAGUUGUAAUCAAAUCCCUAACUGUUGGUUAUUCUGACUCAGGCUUCUGGGUAUUGAAGUCUGUGACAUAUGGAAGACCAAACAUUCCAGCCCCAGUAUAUUACUGUGUUUGGGGGAACUGUUUGAACACAGAAAUUUGGAGCAGGAGAGAUGACAAAAGAGAUUCACAUGCACAGUGGAUAUUAUAUGAACAUGGGAUAUUUUAAAAGAAGUGUUUCAAGUCUUGUGUUGGUAAUGGAAAUAGCUAAAGGCUGUAUAGGACAAAAUAUUUGGAACUGACAGCCAGUCCUUGUUUUUGUUUUGGUGAAAGAGAAUUUAGUAAUAAAAUUAAUGUUGUGCUGUAGCCAAGCUGUUUGGUGGGGGUAUCCCUCAAAUUGAACAUUUCAAUCUGCAUUAAUUUGCAGAUAGCAGUAGCCUGUGUCUAAGAGAGGCUUAGAAAACCUUUUCAUUCUUAACAGUUCUUAGUAUCUUUUAGAGGUCUGAAUUGAAUGGAGAGUCAGAACUUACAUGAGUCCUGAGGAUUCGGUAGGUCCUUUGUGCUUGGUUGGGACUAACAAUUGGAUUUAGGCUGUAGAUUUCAAUCCUAAAUUAUUUAUCAUUUCAUCCAACUCUUUUCUUCAUCCUCAGCUUUCCACCACUCUUCUGCCUUUCCAAAAUGUUCUCUAAUCUGCAGGAGCAGUUCUUUUCAGGGUGUAGAGGUAAAGCGGCAGAGAAGUCCCAUACUGUGAACAUGUUUUGUUCACAGAAUGAGAGUUAUGAUCCAAGCUCUCAUUUAUAACUGUGACCAAGGAUUGGACAGAUCUGGAAAGAAGACUGAGGAAAAACAUUCAUUUCAUGCUUUGUAUUUAUAUCAGUUAUCCAUUUCGUUCCUCUUCAUUUUUAGCAUGCUAGAAAAUAUCAGAUGAGUUCAAGAGUCUGAAGAUUAAAUUUUAAACAUUGUCUGAUUAGGCUUUAUUGUAGAAAGGAGAUUCCAUUGUGGAGAUUGACUUGGGUAGAACUUGAUUUGCCCCAGCCAGCUUGAAUUCAUGAGGAUAUGACGCAUGUAAAUAACUCGUGUGCUCCCAGUGUCUCCUUGGAUACUGAUUCUGUCCCUCCAGUGUUGCUGGGAAAUAUCUGAAUUGGAAUUCUAAAUGAUUCCCUGGGGAGUUGAAGGGGCAUAGCCAGCAUCUAAUUGUACAUUAGGGGAACUUUGCUGAACCUCUUCAUUCUCUCUCACAUUCUCAGGCUAUUUUGCAGUUGCUUUCCCAAAUAUAUGCUAAAAAUGCUUGCAAGGCAGCAGAAAAUGCUGUUCAGAAAAGC